AUGAGUUUAUUAAAAAUUAAACGUGAACGCUCCACAAAUUUUAUUGACGGCGAACUGCAACUUCUUGUCGACCUGGUGGCUAGUCAAAAACAUAUUUUGGAAAACAAAAAAACAGAUGCCGUAACAGCCAACCUAAAGAAUAAAACUUGGGAAGCAUUAGCAAAUAAAUUUAAUUGCAAAAGCCUAAAUGGAUAUCGUAGUCCAAAAUGUUUGAAAUCAAAAUAUGAAAAUUUAAAAAAAAAUGUAAAAAUCAAGUUGCGAGAUGUGAAAUCAAAACCCUGUGUAACAGGAGGAGGACCUCCAAUUCCAUUAAAAGCACUCAGCAAAUUGUCCCCUAUGGAAGAACAACUAAGAUCUUUGAACCCUCUAGCUUUUAGUGGUAAAGUGUCAGCAUUUGACAGUGACAGAAUUGAAGAUCAAAAUACAUACAGUCAUGAAAUGCUUGUACAGGAUUAUGAGAAAACUGACAGUAAUGUAAGUAAUUAA